CCACCCUGCGUGUCAUGGAGGGGGACAGAUCGCCACGUCGCCAUCGGUUCAGUGGCGCCGCAGGCAAGCGAUUCAGAGAGAUAAGGAACACCAGUCGGAGUUUGAGAGACUGGUCUCAACCUGCCAAUUCAUCUGUUUGUGGUCGGUACUGCAAGACUUAAUGGCGGCCCUGCUGUCGCUGCGGCUGAUGACACUGGUGGCCGUGUUCGUGACGACGUUGCUUCCACCAUGUGUUGACCCCCAGUUUCCUUCAGCCAUCACCACCCCAAAUGUAAGAGAUUCGUUACGACUGGUUAAUAUUCUCAUCCGUCGACCCAUCGGACCGGUCAGCGUCAGGCGGGAAUGCCGCAUGCUCAACACCUCGGAGUUCGAGCGCAUCACGGAUGUACUAAACAGGGCUAAGCGGGAUACGAGAGUUCGACCAAAUGUCUACGAUGCCUUCGCCUUCUUGCACGCGAAUCCAGACGUCAACGUCGGCGCCCACCAAGGCCCCGGAUUCCUACCAUUUCAUCGGGUUUUUGUCUUCUUGUUCGAGAAGCUUCUGCGCAUGUACGACCCCACGAUCUCCCUCUGCUACUGGGAUUCGAGCCUCGAGCCCACCCUGCCCGCCUCCUCUCCCACCUGGACAUCCCGACUUUUCGGCACCCCUAGCGGAGUGGUACAGAGCGGCUUUGCGGGCGGAUGGAUGACUCCUCUCGGCCCUCUGACCCGCAACGUGGGGCAAGUGGGCAGGCCCUACAUCGCUCAGGACCUGGAGAGGAUCCUACAGCGGGACUUUCUGGGAGAGAUCUCUUUUCCUGCCGGCGACGUUGACAACAACUUGGAGGAAAAGCACAACUACGUCCAUUCUUUUGUGGGUGGUCUCAUGGGACAGGUAGAGACAGCCUCAUACGACCCCAUUUUCUGGUUCCACCACACCAUGGUCGACUGCCUGUACGAACUGUUCCGCGAACAGCAGCGCAAGAAGGGCAUCAACCCCAUGCGGGACUGGCCGGCGGACUACGGGGAACCCGCCCACGCUCCCUUCGCCGCCAUGCGCAUGGGUCGCCUGCGGAUGAUCGACGGCGCCAACGACUUCUUCACCAACCGCACCUUCCGCUGCCUGCCGUCGCCCAUCUUCUGCACCUCCAACGCCGACUGCGGCGCCUACAUGCGUUGCAACCCGGCCACCUCCCGCUGCUUGUCCGACACGCUGGACGUGGUGCCGGCCAGCUCGGGUGCAGCCAGCGACCUGAACACCCUGCUGAACGGCCUGGGUGGCCCGAGGUCCGUCAACAACCUCCUCAACUCCGCCCCGGCCCGCGGCUUCAAUCAACUGUUCCAGGCGCCGUCGCUGGACGCUCUGAGCGCCAGCAGCUUCUUGCAGAGCAUCGGCGACUCCAGGUUCGGAAGCGGGACGCUGGGAAGCAGUGUCUUCUCUAGGGGUCGUCUGCCACCAGCAAUCUAUUUUCAACAGGCUUCAAUAACGUCUGAUGACAUCUUGUUCUUCUUGGCUAUUUUCCCCCGCAGAUUGUUCUGACAGGGGCUUGCUUAGAGUUUCCAACAACAAAAAGUAAACGAACUCAUUUAUUGUAAAAGGAAAACUUUGAAAAAUCAUACCGUUAAACAAAAUUUCUGUAUCCAUAAAAAAAUAUUUAAAGAAUUGAAGCCAAAA